AUGACUACUCCCACCCCUUCGCCGCGUGACCCAUGCGUGUGGGGCGAGGACGUGCAGAAGCUCCGGACCGAGCGCAUGCUCGACGGCAGAGGCGCUCCCGGUACGCGCGCUCCUGUUGUAGACUGCCCCAGCCGCACGCUCUGCCUGUCAUUCGCGUGGCAGGAAGCCCAAGUCACGCUUAUCUACCUGAUACAGUGCUUCACAUUCUCUAUGCACGAUCCGUGCCCGCCUGAGGCGUUGGCGUAA